AUGGCAGGCCCAAGAGUUCAAAGAUGGCGCUUGCUUUACCUGUUCUUGUUCAUCCUUUGUUUUCCAAUAACGAUCCCCCUGAGCGUCUCUCUAAUCGUACCCCUCCUGGCUGCAGACGCAUUAGCCCGUCGACUAUCACUGGCAACGUACAGCCGGCCGCCGCCGCUCACGCAGUUCCGAGAACGGCUCAAGUCUGGGCUGUAUGCGCUCAGAUGGCUUCUACAAGCUGUUGAUUUUGUUCCUACUAUGCUGUAUGCUUUGAAAUUGGUCAUCUGGGAUGUGUUCGAUCUCCGAUCGGGCAUGCGAGAACGUAGGCACAUCUCGAACGUUCCCGUCGACAUAUACCUUGCAACCCCCACCGCAUCUGACAAAGAGAAGAGCUGUCCGAUCGUCGUUUUCAUUCAUGAUGGGAAUUAUGGACCGAUCGUAUGUCGGAAGUGGAUGAUGGCUCCGAUUGCUUGCAAAUUACAAAGGAUCGGAUGCACGGUCAUCAUGCCUGAAGUCGACCCGACAAAAAAAGAGGAUAUGGAAGUUAUUAUUCGUAAUCUGAAGUUGGUCCUUGCAUGGACUAACACUCAUGCCGCCGAGAUACAUGGUGAUGCGGACGAAAUCUAUGUGAUGGGACAUGGGUUUGGUGCCUACCUGGCCCUGCUGCUGUCCGUCCAGAUGGCGGCCGUACGGUCGCGUAACGACUAUCAACUGCACAAUCCGGAUUAUCAAACCUCACAGGAUCAUGAUGAUGGUCUCGCAGCACAUCAUCAUGAAGUGGUGCUGCCUAAUGGGCUCAUGGAAGCAAGGAUAUAUGCACCGGAUGUCAGCAGCGUCACCAUCAAAGGCUUGAUACUGAUCGCACCGAUUAGUGACACUCAGAAGCAUCUUGAAUGGGAGGCGACGCAAGGAGUCAGCUAUCUGUCCCCGAUGCGUCAGAUCCUGGGCCGAUCUUGCCUCUUCCACUCACCAGCCCAUCUUCUAUUUGCAGCAAGAUCGAUUCUUAAUGUCCAGUAUCUCCCAUCGAAGCUGCUUGUCCUCCAUGGAGCCCAAGAUAUGGUCGUUCGGUCCUCCCAGAGUGAUAUGCUGGAGGAACUCCUGAUGGGUGCUGGUCUGCAAACCGUACAAAAGCGGUUGUACCCCAAGUUGGAUCACAUGGCACUGCUGAAAGGUAUCGAGGAUGAUGGAGUAGCGAAUAAAAGCUCUGUUGUGCUAGAUGAUGUAAUAGGCUUUAUGACGUCAUCGGACUGA